UGAGGGGUCGGAGGGAGUGCGUAUAUGGCAGCUCUCUGAGAAACUAGGCUAAGGAAGAUGUCUUUGUAGAUUUUUUUACUCUGUUUUAAUCAGUCCGAACUCUCAGUACGCUCGUCAUGCUUGCUUCUGUAACUUUUCCCUCAGCAAUCGAAUUUUAAGGAAGAAUUCUACCUUUUCCGCAUUGCUAUUCCUGCAGUGUUCUUGCUAACACCAGCUAACGAGCUAAUCUAUGGUUUCAAAGGAUCAUAGAGGAUUGGAUUCCCAACACUGAAUCAUUUUGUUGAAACUUUCGUGCUUGUGAUACGCAGAACACUCAAAUAUUCAAGAUGGAAAUGCCUCAAGACGCCGAAUUCAGUCCUUACAACUUUCACCAGGGCAGCAGGCCCGACAGGAACCCCAGGCUUUCCAAACUCUCCCUGCCGGAGUUGAAUGCCAUGGCUUCCCCCUGCAUGAAGAAUCUUUUCGCUUCGCCAACUGUCCUGUCCCCUGUGACUAAUCUGGCUUUAAAUAUGAACAACCUUGCAGUCCUCGGAAGUCAAUGUGAAACUCCCAAACGUAAGAAGAAUGUCCCGCUGUUAAAGAUCCCAUCCUAUGCCUCUGACGCCUCCUCAGAUGCCGGUCUCGGAAUGGAUUCUCCCGGGCCAAUUGACUCUGUGGAUGUUGAACUCGCAUUUGAAAAGGCCAUGCAAAGGAUGGGCGAGCAAGGCAACGAGAAGGUGCCUAUUAGAAGAAUCCAUUCCCUCCCGACUCGGUUGCUGGGAGAGAGCCCCACUUUUAAGAAAAAGGAUUUAGACCCCCGAAGCUUCGGCAUCUUCGCUCAAACUCACUCCGACUCCAACAAAGAAAACGUACAGGAUGGCUCUGUGUUUAAGAAGCCAUCUCUCCCAGUGUCCCGCUCCCGCCUACGCUCCAGCCCCAAUAGAGACGCUUUUGCUCCACGACCCAACUCUGCUCCUGCACUUAUGCUCUCCCCUCCCUCCACCAGUCACUUUGCCUCACUGGACGACAGCAGCCCUUUCUUCCUGCGGCGUUCCUCGCUCACCAGCAGUCUCCAGGACGACGACGAUGAUGGCUUCCUCGAUGUCCUGGAUGACCUUGAGAAUGAGUCCGACGUUCCAGCGGGCAUGGCCAGUCUCCUCACGGCUCCCCUGGUGACCACCAGACAACCCACAGAGGACAUUGGCCUGCCGUUGUUUCGGUGUCGGCCGCGAGGUCUCUUCCGUUCGCCGUCCAUGCCCAAUCCGCAGGUGCGCGCUCAACUCAAGAGGCAAGAGCGCCUGGACGACAACACGCCGAUCCGAGUGAAGAGGAGGCGCAGUCUGGCCGGCACGCACUUCUCCGAAGAAAUCGAACAGCCUCAACAGACGGCAUGUGCUCAGGUUCAAAGAUCAAAGUCGUUCUGCCACACGGAGAUUGAGAAGCUGCUGGACAACGACACCACCAACUACAUUGGAGAUUUCACCAAGCCCUUUGCUUUGCCCACUGUUGAUGGCAAACACCAGGACCUGAAGUACAUCACACCUGAUGAUAUGGUGGCAGCGCUCGACGGCAAAUUCAACGAGCUCGUGGAGCGCGUGAUCGUCAUCGACUGUCGGUACCCCUACGAGUUCGAAGGCGGUCACAUCAAGGGUGCGUUAAACCUGCACCAGGAGGAGCAGAUUGAGGACUUCCUGAUGAAGACGCCCGUCGUCCCGACGUGCCAGGGGAAGCGGGUGGUGAUCGUGUUCCACUGCGAGUUCUCCUCGGAACGUGGGCCCCGCAUGGCGCGCUUUGUGCGCGAGCGUGACCGGGCCCUCAACGAGUACCCCCACCUCCACUACCCGGAGCUCUACGUCCUCAAGGGGGGCUACAAGGAGUUCUUCCCCCUUCAUCAGUUGGUGUGCGAGCCGCAGUCGUACCGGCCGAUGCACCACGAGGACUACAGGGAGGACCUCCGAAAGUUCCGGCUCAAGAGUCGCACGUGGGCCGGGGAGCGCAGCAAACGAGACCUCUACAGCCGCCUGAAGAAGCUCUGACCACUCACUCAUUGUACAUGUUGUCCUCACUCACUUACUCACUCAUACAUUCUCAUUAUCACUGCCAUUUUAACAACAGUCUACUUCAGCACACUUCCAUGUGUGCAUCCUCCUUUACACCUACAUACUGUACUCACUAUACUCUAUACAUACAUACAUACAUACACACACAUACAAACUACUAUUCAAAAAUGUUUCAGCUCAGGUGUAAUUGUUUCCCUUUUUUAUUGAAGCACUUAUGGUAAUGUUUUGAAUUGAGUUAAAGUGCUGACUUCAAUUUGAGUUGUGUUUUGAAAUCGUUUCUGUUUUAAUUGGCUAAUUUAGGAUUUCUCACUGCUGCUGUGAGAUGUUAUAUUAAUGGUCAGUGUCUGUCUGUGUUCCUCACUAAGAUCUUUCAAAAGUUUUAUCAAGGAUUCUCUCCAGUGUGUCUGUGUGUGUACACGUGCGUCACGGAGAUGUAGUGUGUAGGUUAUUGUGAUUAUUUCUACUAUCUAUUAGAUUUAUUUAUUCAAGCAGGGCUUGUCUCCCUGAAAUAUUUAUCAUAUAAAUUAUUCAUGCUUACAUUUUCUUCCAAGAAGGCUGAUGCCAUGUACACACACAGACUGACUGUCAGAGGAUUCUUAUAAGAAGCUAACCACUUCUCCAACCUGCCCCCCCCCCCCCCUCUCCCCCUUCUGCUUUGCACUGACUGGGACUUGUGGUGUUAACCUUUUAUUGUACUAACCCGUUCCUUACCCAUUACUGAAACUUGAAUUUUUUUUAGGGGGACUGGAGGGGUUGGGGGAUGUCUGUGUUUGUGUGUGUGUGCGCGUGCGUGUUUAUGCUAAAUGACUGACUAACAAGUAUUCCAGAGAAGUAGCGAGGUCUGAUUGGAAUGCUGCAGGACAGCCUGUAAUUUCACUUUUGUAAUUUUUGCUUUUUCCCUUUUCCUUGUUCCCCCCCCCCCCCUGGAAACUUCCAGUGUGUGUUGUUGUGAGGAUGUGUAAUUACAUUGUGAAUAUUGCUGUACAUUUGGCUGUGAAUAUGUACAAAUGUGGUACCGUGUGGAGAUCUCAGAUGUGUAUAUCUUGUGUGUGUUGUACUGGAGGAGAUGUCUGUGUGUAUGUGGCGAGAAUAAACAUCUGGACUGAA